UCAGGGAAAGCUUUUCUUCUCCCUGCGAGCACCCUCCCCGCCUGCAAACACCGGAUACUCCAGCCUUAAAAAAGAGAGAGAGGGAAAAAAAAGAGACCCCUGCACGGUGACGGCCGAGAGCGGCGAGAGAAGGACUCCUUCCUGCGUCGUGCUUCCGUCCCUAACCCGGCCUCUGAUUAGAUUUUGGUUCGUUUGGGUAUAUUUUCCCCUGGCCGUUUGACUCCUUUUUUUGUGUGUAACCGACAUGGUCGAUUAUCACGCCGCUAAUAACCAAUACUCAACGGGCGGGCCGCAGACAUACAUGGAGCAGGAAAACGACUGGGACCGGGACUUGCUCCUGGACCCGGCAUGGGAGAAACAGCAAAGGAAGACGUUCACGGCGUGGUGCAAUUCCCACCUCCGCAAGGCCGGCACACAGAUCGAAAACAUCGAGGAGGACUUCAGGGAUGGACUCAAACUCAUGCUGCUACUGGAGGUCAUCUCAGGUGAGCGGUUACCCAAGCCCGAGCGAGGCAAAAUGAGGGUUCACAAGAUCAACAAUGUCAACAAAGCUCUGGACUUCAUCGCCAGCAAGGGAGUCAAACUGGUCUCCAUUGGCGCAGAGGAAAUCGUGGACGGAAAUGCCAAGAUGACCCUGGGAAUGAUCUGGACCAUCAUCCUCCGCUUUGCCAUCCAGGACAUCUCUGUUGAAGAGACAUCGGCUAAGGAGGGUCUUCUGUUGUGGUGCCAGAGGAAGACCGCUCCCUACAAGAAUGUCAAUGUGCAGAACUUCCACAUUAGCUGGAAGGACGGGCUCGCCUUCAACGCUCUGAUCCACAGACACAGACCGGAACUCAUCGACUACGACAAGCUCAGAAAGGAUGACGCUGUGACCAACCUGAACAAUGCCUUUGAGGUGGCCGAGAAGUACUUGGACAUCCCCAAAAUGUUGGAUGCCGAAGACAUCGUGGGCACGCUGAGGCCUGACGAGAAGGCCAUUAUGACCUAUGUGUCCUGCUUCUAUCACGCCUUCUCGGGCGCGCAGAAGGCCGAGACCGCAGCCAACCGCAUCUGCAAAGUACUGGCGGUCAACCAGGAGAAUGAGCACUUGAUGCAAGAGUAUGAGAAACUGGCCAGUGACCUAUUGGAGUGGAUCCGUCGCACCAUUCCCUGGCUGGAGAAUAGAAAUCCAGAGAAGACCAUGUCUGAGAUGCAGCAGAAGCUGGAGGACUUCCGAGACUACCGUCGCAUCCACAAACCACCAAAGGUCCAGGAGAAAUGUCAGCUUGAGAUCAACUUCAACACGCUGCAGACCAAACUGAGAUUGGGUGGCAGACCUGCCUUCAUGCCGUCAGAGGGACACAUGGUGUCUGAUAUCAACAGAGCAUGGCAUACUCUGGAGGGUGCCGAGAAGGGCUACGAGGAGUGGCUCCUCAACGAGAUACGACGUCUGGAGAGAUUGGAUCACUUGGCCGAGAAGUUCCGCCAGAAGGCCUCCAUCCACGAAUCCUGGACCGACGGCAAGGAGGCCAUGCUGACUCAGAGAGACUUUGAGACAGCCUCGCUGUCCGAGGUAAAGGCGUUGCUCCGCAAACACGAGGCCUUCGACAGCGACCUGGCCGCCCAUCAGGACCGAGUGGAGCAGAUCGCUGCCAUCGCGCAGGAACUCAAUGAGCUGGACUACUACGAUUCUCCCAAUGUCAACGCUCGCUGCCAGAAGAUCUGCAUGCAGUGGGACAGUCUUGGAGAACUCACCCAGAGGCGCAGGGACUCUCUUCAGAAAACAGAGAAACUGCUGGAGUCCAUCGAUGAGCUUUAUCUGGAGUACGCCAAACGAGCAGCGCCCUUCAACAACUGGAUGGAGGGGGCCAUGGAAGACCUGCAGGACAUGUUUAUCGUCCACAACAUUGAAGAGAUCCAGAGUCUGAUCCGUGCCCACGAGCAGUUCAAGUCUACCUUGCCCGAUGCCAACAAGGAGCGCGAGGCCAUCCAGGCCAUCCACAGCGAGGUGCAGAAGAUCGCCCAGCACAAUGGCAUCAAGCUGAGCGGAACCAACCCGUACACCACCAUCACGCCACAGAGUAUCGACAGCAAGUGGGACCAGGCAGAGAGGUUGGUGCCUCAGCGUGACCGGGCCCUCCAGGAGGAGCUUUCGAAGCAGCAGUCCAACGACAACCUGAGACGUAACUUUGCCGAGCAAGCCAAUGUGGUGGGACCCUGGAUACAAAACAAGAUGGAGGAAAUCGGCACGAUAUCCAUCGAAAUGAUCGGCACUCUGGAGGACCAGCUGACCAACCUGAAGGAGUACGAGAGCAGCAUCGUGAACUACAAGCCCAAUAUUGAACAGCUGGAGGGCGUCCACAAGCUCAUCCAGGAAGCCCUCAUCUUUGACAACGCGUACACGGCCUACUCCAUGGAGCACAUCCGCGUGGGCUGGGAGCAGCUGCUCACCACCAUCGCCAGGACCAUCAACGAGAUUGAGAACCAGAUCCUGACGCGUGACGCCAAGGGCAUCAGCCAGGAGGAGUUGUACGAGUACCGUGCCUCCUUCAACCACUUUGACAAGGAUCACAGUGGGGCUCUCAUGGCCGAGGAGUUCAAGGCCUGUUUGAUCAGUUUGGGCUACGACGUGGAGAACAAUAAGCAGGGCGACGCUGAGUUCGCCCGCAUCAUGGGCAUCGUGGACCCCAACAACACGGGCACCGUCACCUUCCAGGCCUUCAUUGAUUUCAUGUCUCGGGAAACCACAGACACGGACACCGCAGACCAAGUCAUUGCCUCCUUCAAGAUCCUGGCAGCGGAUAAGAACUUCAUUACUGCUGACGAGCUGAGGCGGGAGCUACCACCCGACCAGGCAGAGUAUUGCAUCGCCAGGAUGGCGCCCUACUCUGGGCCCGACUCCGUCCCCGGCGCCCUCGACUACAUGUCCUUCUCCACCGCCUUAUACGGCGAGAGUGACCUGUAAAGACGGUGGACGGAAAAGGGGAUGGUAUGCGAGGGGGGCGUCGGGAAGUAAGUCGACUGCGAGGUGCAGCCCCCGCGUGUGCCACUUUGAAAGUGUUUGAGCGUGUCGAGUGAAGUGUAUUUGCUGGAAAGCCGUUUAUUCGAUAUCCUUGAUAUCCAACUUCAGGUAGUAAUACAAUUCAGGGCAUGAGUAGAACGACUAGGCAACACAAGUGGAAUAACUGUCUUUGAUUUAUUUUAUUUUUUUGCACUACUACUAGAGCUACAUUUGGCCUACUAGUGCAGAGUUGCAUACGCAAAGUUGUGCAACCACGUUACUGUGGCAAACAAAAAAUGCCCCAUUUGACAACAUGUUGCUUUACUAGUAUGUCAAGGUUGUCCUACUAGUGUGCAGAAAAAAAAUCUACAAGUGCGCUCUGGAUAGUCAAAUUGUCUUACUAAUCAGGACAGCAUGAAUACUAGUACAUGAAAGUCAGUCAGGCAUUUACUUGAUAUCCUUGAAAUACAGCGUAAAGUUCAGUCCUAGUUCAAAGAAGAAAAAAAGAUAGUCGUUCUGCUAAUGCGCUGAAUUGUCUAGUGAGGACAAAGAGUUUACAAAUAGAUGGACCUUCAGAUGGUUAUUGAGGAUAUGGAAUCAUUGCUCUCAAGGCUUCCUUCCCUGUUUUUUUUUUGGGGUGGGAGGGAAGGGGAGGCACUUGUUAACUUAACCCUCUCUGCCUUUUUUUUUUUUUUUUUUUGAGGCGGGCAACCUGUAUAAGUAACCGAAAUUUAUUUGAUCAGUUUGGAUUCCUGACACGACUGCCGAUGUUUGUGUAUUAGGUCAUAGUUAUAUGCUGAGGCGUCCGAAUUAGGUGGAAGGGGAGGGGCGGGAUUUUUCGAGGGGGAAUUCUAUCAAUCUGAAAUGAAACCACUUAUUUACCCACAAUGCCCUUUGUUGCUGGAUAAGGUGACCAAUUUUGUUUCCCUUCCUUUUCUUGAUUUUUUUUGGGGGGGGGGGGAAUAGAGGGUGCUGUAAGGACACUGUAAAUAUGUUUUCUUCCUUUUCACAAUGACUAAUGGCACAAAAAAAAGGAAAAAAAUUGCCCAAUGAGUAACUGCCGUCAUCAUUUAAUCAAUUUUACUGAUCUGUGUCCUCAGCACCGUCUUCUUUCUUUUUCCUCUUUUUACUUCCUCUCAUCCCCCCAUUCUGACCAGUCUUCAACAAAAAUUGUCCAAAAGAAAAUGAAAUCUAUGCAAUAUUAAUGAUGAUGAAUUGAGGGAAGGGGGGGGGGGUCUAAAUUGAUGGCAGAUUUUUUUUUCUGACUGUUUGUUUGCUUGUUUUUUUUUUUUUUUAAAGGGGGCACAUAUUAGAGGAGGGGACAAACAGGAAGUCGCGUACAAAAAGACUCCAGGACCAAAAGCUUCUAGCUCUCUUUUCUUGCUAUUUUUCUUUCUUUCUCUUCACCUGGCAGGAGAAAUGAACUCUGGAAAUUGUGAUUUUUUUUGUUUUUUCUCCCUUUUUUGUACUCUUUAAUAAUAAUGAGAAACCUUAUCUGCUGUACUGGAAACUGCAAAAAGGCCUUUUUUUUCUGUCUAACCAUGAUGAUGAUGAUGACGACGAUGAUGAGUGAUGCUCACCAAGCACACAUAAAAAGUUUCCUUACAAAAAAAUG